AUGAAGCUGGUGACAGGAAUGGCUGUUCUCCUAACUUUGGGUAUUACAGGUGAUGCUAAAGCCACGCAGCCAAAUUCAAUGGAGUGUACUGAAGGAGAACCUGUAAACUUGCCUUGCAACCACUCCACAAUCAGUGGAAAUGAGUAUAUAUAUUGGUAUCGACAGAUUCUACACCAAGGGCCAGAAUAUAUGAUCCAUGGCUUAAAAAACAAUGUGACCAACAAAAUGGCCUAUCUGAGCAUCCCCACAGACAGAAAGUCCAGUACCUUGAUCCUAUCUCAUGUUACUCUGAGAGAUACAGCCGUGUACUACUGCAUCGUGAGAGACACACAAACAAUCAACUGUAUUGGAUCAGAUGGGCAGUGUUUUCCUAAAAGAAAGGAUGAAAAAGCAAAGCGGGCAAAGAAACUGGAGGAACAGAAACCAAACAGGCAGCCUGUGAGGGUUUGUAGCCAAGAACUGGAGCAGAGUCCUCAAUCUUUGAUCAUUCAAGAGGGAGAGGAUUUCCUGAUAAACUGCAAUUCCUCAAAGAGUGUAUAUGUCUUAUACUGGUACAAGCAGAAGCAUGGUGAACAGCCCAUUUUCUUUAUGAUGCUACAAAAAACGGGUGAAAAGAAAAGUCAUGGAAAAGUAACUGCCACGCUGGAUGAGAAAAAGCAGCAAAGUUCCCUGCAUGUCACAGCCUCAGAGCCCAGACAAUCUGGCAUCUACCUCUGUGCAGCAGAUGCACAGUGA